AUGAACUGCGGCAUCCACGACAACACUACCAUUGGGCCGACAGGAUAUGACGCGCAGUACUGGCAAUUCUCCACGUCCAUGGCCAAGAAUGCGACGUGUAGCGAGCGCACCUAUCUCCGUCCCGAUACCGCCGGUUCCAUCAUCCCGUGGCCCUAUGCCCUCGUGUGGUUGCUGAUACACUUUCCCUUGGUCCUGAUCCGCGCCACGCGCUGGCAAAAGGUCCAAGUCCUCUCGCUCGUCCUGGCGGCCACGAGUAUCGGCUGGUCCGUCGAGGCCUACCUCAGCACGCAGCGGCGGCCAGACGAGGUCUUGGUCUGGGCGCCACUGACCGUCAUACUCGACGUUGGUGCCGUGAUGCAGCUUGCAUUUCUCAUCAUGGAGGAUUUCGCCGAGCACAAGGGCUUUGUACCACCUUGGUACGCCUUUAGCAUUCUCAUGGGCGGCUUGCGCAAGCAGCCUCCCAAACCACCUCGAUCCCCAAGCUUGAGAAGCCCGACCGAGCCAAAGGUUGCAAAUAUCAAUCACAUUGAGCUUGCUGUCGUGACCAAUGGCCCAGCAGCAGACACCGGGGUCGCCCAGCUAUCAAAGGGAAAGGCCUUUAUAGUUGUUCUCUCAAUCCUGUUAUUCUUUGGCCUCGCCUCUCUCCAAAUCAUUGGCCUCGUCUCUGCCAUCAACGGGCUUGCCGUCAAGGACACGCUGGAAUCGACCUGGUGCUCGCCCAUGUUUGAGAGCUUCGCCAUUGGCGUGCUGGACGGCAACUGCCGCCUGCACAGCGUCUCAUCGAGCGCCAGCCGGGGCAUUGGGUGCAUCAAGUUAUCGGGUGCCCAGCAGGCUGGAUGGUUGGCAGGGACAGUGGGCGUGCUCAUAGCGUCGCUGGUUCUCGAGCUGGCGGAUAUGCUUGUCCUUACCCUCGUCACUAGCAAGUCCAAAUGGCGCGGCGUCAAGAUGCGGCGCCCUUGGUGUACCAUGUUCUGCGGCGUCGCUAUCCUCGUCUUUUACGUCAUCUAUGGCUUGCUCGAGGCCAGUCGGCUACCCAGUGGUAUGCCCGAAGUCGUCUGGGUGUUUCGCAAGGAGCCGAGUCUUGGCAUCGAGACCGUAUGCCGGGGUAUCAUAACACCUGCCGGUGUUCGUGGGUCGAUUAUGGGAUGGACAGAUGGUUUUCUCUCAAACUGGGGCAGAACUUAUUUCGGCUAG